AAAGAGAAUAUAUUGACACGGAUAAACGUGUGUUCGAAAUCGUCAUCGUACAAGUUUUCACGUUUUCUUGGUGACUAUAUAGGAGAAUCUUGAAUUUUCAGCAAAGUGCAAUUCGAUAGGGGAAGAAAUUCGAGCCGAUCAGAACCAAGAAAAUUGCGGAUGAAUAGGAGGGUCUGAUUUCUUGUAUCAGAGUUUUAUUAACUUUACUUUGGUUUAACCCUUCGAAACUGAUACGACAGAAAAAAUAAGAGCUGAAUUGUGGAUGAAAUCUAUAGAAACCUAACAAUGAAACUUUUUACCAAUUACUUCAAAUAUUCUCGAAAUAUCAUUAAACCGAAUAAACUCAAAAUUCAAUUAAUUACUCCAUUUGAAAUAAUCACAACUAACUUAUAAUCGUUUAAUCUAUAAUCUGCAAAUCAUCUUCCUGAAAGCAACAGAAAUGCUAUAAAAACCAUAAAACAUCCCCAAUCCCAUCUCAACUUUCUCCAAACAUCCUUCAAAUAUCCUUCAGGAAGCAGCUAACCCAUCAAGCGGAACGAAUCGAAAAUUCAAUCUUCGAAACCAGCAAGUUAAGCUCCUCCACCUAAUCGCGAUCGUCUGUAGAAAGAGGGACGAAGCAACCCCCUCCCAUAAAAUGACGUCUCUAUUUGUAUCAAGAUUCCUCUCGCGCGAGGACAAGCGUGUGUCGCGUCAGCCAGAGGCGAGAAGAGAAAAGGCAGUAAAGGGAGAGGGAGCGAAACGUAGCGACGGCGAGAGGAGAAAGGAGAAAUGUAGCUGAUACACGCGAGAGAGAAUCACUAUGGACGAGGGGUAAACACGAUUUACACCAUGACGACUAUUGCCUCUCCUCUCGUCCAAAGUGCUACGCGCGUAGCUGGCGAGGGUGAGUUACAACACACGGGGAGACACUCGGUAGCCGUAGUAGGGAUGUUUGUCGUACGCGUUAUUUGGCCAAUAAAACCACGUGGCGGCUCCACCACCCCCGCGUACACGCCGCUGGUGACGAGAUCAACCCGGAUAGUCGGACAGAGACGAGAUACACGAAACCACGCCUUGGUACUCGCUCGACGCCUGCGUGGUUACGCCUAUCGAGCACGCUUUCGCAGCCUGCCUCAACGUACUCGCGAUACACAAUUCAGCUGGGACCCUCUUGGACGGUUCAAAUGCGAUUCCUCCGGUUUUUCGUCCUCCACGAUCCCGUACGCGAUUUCCGGUCGACUCGACACUCGGAUCAGUGCACGCUCGACUCGCAACGGGAUACCAACUCACUCCCAGGGGAUAGAUGGCUGGUCAUACUCGGUUUGGGCUAGUGCUCAUCAGUUUGGUGCUAAUUCGCUUGGACGUUCGUGUCAGUUAGGUCUAAUGGAUGAACUUUGAAGGACACGAAGUGAUUCUUCAGGAUUGAGGACAAUUUAAGUGGAGGAUUUUUUAUUUUGGGAAAGAAUAAGAUGUUUGCGUCUGUGGAUGAAAAGGUAACUGCUACAUCAACUGAACAAAAUUUAGAGUCCCAUGAUCUAUAAGUCUUUAGAAAUCAUGUGUGAUGAAAAUCUGAACGAUACAGUUCCCAUCAGACCCAGAAAGUGAUUCAAGGAAGGAGAUUUCUGAGUUGGACCAGUGCACAACUUGAUCAAACUUGUGCAAUAGCAGUUAACGAACAAUAAGCUCUGUGUGUUCAGUGGCAAAAAAAAGAAACAUUGCUUUUGUUUCAGUGAAUAUAGACUUUUUAAAAUUGACUCUGGGAGAUUGUUGAAAUAGAUUGGGGAGAUUGAGAUUGAAAUAGGGGUUCGGAAAAUCGAAGGUGAUCCGCAAAAGUGCGGAAGAGAUCAGGAAAGUGUUGUUCAGCCACGAGUCCAGGAUUCUCACCUCCGGUGGUGGUACCAUCUCGCCCGGGGGCGCGGGGCCACCCGCGAGCCCUUCUUCGGGACACUAUCAUCCACCUACGCACAGUCCACCCCUGGUCAAGAUUGGAACAGUUCAUACUCACCAACCGAACAAUAACCACCAUCACACGCAUCAUCAGCAGCAGCAACAGCAACAGCAACAACAGCAACAGUCGAGUCAACCGCAGGUGUCUGGAGCAGGAGGGGGUGGAGGGCCGGGGGGUGGCACGGUGGCUAGGCCAAGUAGCAUGUUCUGCUACCACUGCCCCCCGGGUCUUCCUACACCACGGUUGCCGCCCUCCCUUGAGUAUCCGUUCGCCGCCACACAUCCCUACACCAGUUACUCUGCGUAUCAUCCGGCUUUGCAUGGUGUCGGCGAAGAUUCCUUCGUGAGACGAAAACAAAGACGAAACAGAACUACUUUCACCCCUCAACAGCUGGAGGAACUAGAAUCUGCGUUUGCGCAAACGCACUACCCGGAUGUAUUCAUCAGGGAGGAACUAGCGAUGAAGAUUAAUCUUACGGAGGCCAGAGUUCAGGUGUGGUUCCAAAAUCGCAGAGCAAAAUGGAGAAAGAGCGAACGAUUGCAGGAGGAGCAACGAAAAAGAGAGGGUGGAGGAAGUGGUGCACUAGAAACGGCUGGUUUAGCACCUCCAACCUCUUCAUCGGCAGGUCCAAGUCCCACAGGACAUGAUCCUGAAGGAACCACAAACAGCAGCGCCCCCGACGCGGAGGACGCCGGGCUAGAUGGAGCUGGCGGAUCCAGGAGCCCAAGUACAACUUCCGCCUCGGUUAGUCCGCGGCCCCAGCAGAGUCAGCCGUCCCUGGGUGGUGUCUCGACGCCACCGCCAACCCCCAUAAGGGCGCUACCGCCACCACCUAGCACCGUAGGGGGUCUUGGCCCGCCCGCUGAGAGUACCCCAGGUCUGACAGCAGGAUUCAGGCCAGUGGAGCCCCCCACGUCACUUCUCUUUUCGCCGCAUUUGGCGGCUCAGUUUUCUCCACCUUUGUUCGCCAACAAGGUAGUCAGUACUGCAGCCACGUCCCUAUCAUCGACUACCGCUUCGUUAUGGUCAUCCAGUGACCAUCGGUCUGGAGCGUUGCACGAUAUGCUGACCUGGUCCCCAGGAUGGCCAGGACCAUUGUGUGGUUGCUGUAAACCAGGAACCGGGGAUCUUCACAGAAACAGCAGUCUAGCAGAGCUCAGGAGAAAAGCUCAGGAACAUUCCACUGCUCUUCUCGGAGGACUGGCUGCUUUCCCUGCAGCAUUACCUCUACCUCUGCCUUUGUCAUUGCUGCCACCUUUGUACCAACUGUCCAGGAGGCCGGAGCAUCAUCAUCAUCAUUUACCGAGCAUGGUGCAUCAGAUACAACCGACGACUAAAGAGGAUCCCUAGGAUCAUCGCGUGUGCUGCGUUCGCCUGAUUGAUCCUUUGACCUUGGUAAUGGCCACGUAUACGUUUCAACACGCUGGUUUGUUAUUUUUAUCGUCUUCCUUUUCUUUGUUGAUUUGUUUGAAUUUUUAUUUGAGAAUUACAAUAUUGAAAGGUGGGUAUUACAAUAUUAAAAAUUUAUUGGGAUCAAUAAAUACUAUAUGCCUUGGCCCACCCCAGACAGAAACUCUAUUUAGUUACGUCAAUGACUGAAAAAUUUUCAAAUUCAUAAUGGAAUUAGACUCGUGGAAAACUUGCCUGUUGAUAACAAUUUGAUAAGUUAUUGGGAAAUAUAAUAAACUUUCUUUGUAUUCAUGAAACUGUUACCAAAAAAUUAAGUUUGAAAAAUUUCUAUACUUUAGUACCUAAUAAAAAAAAAAAUUGCAAAUAACAUUACUUGCAGUGAUAAACAAUUUUAAGUUAAUGAAAUGAAGUUUUAAGAAGUCUUUUCGUUUAAUUUGAUUAAGGGAUGAAAUUCAAAUGCUGGAUUGAAACUUAUUGUUAUCUUUAUAAAAGUAUACGUUUUUCAUUUAUAAGUAUGUUACUAAUAUCAUUAAUUUUAUUUAUCAAAUUUGUUAUGAUAGUUUAAAAAUAAAUCUUGGGAUGUUUUUAAUUGUACCAAGAACAUCAACUGCAAUUUUCUAACAUUUCUAAAAAUUCAAUAAACAAUACAUAAUUUUAUUUUGAUACAAUUCACAUUCAUCCGAAGAUUUGUAUAAAAUUCAAAGAAAAGAAUACAUUCACAUGUAACGAGUGAACGGAACAGGUCAAUACUCGUAGCAAUUUUGUAUUGCGAUGGAAUAAUUUCUAUUAUCACCCUUAAAUCGAGUCUAUGACAAUUUUCUUGAAUUAUAUGAUUACUCUAUCGCAUUAUUCAAAUAAUACGGACAUCCGUAUUAUCCGAGUAACACGGAUGUUCGCUUCGAUCGCGCGAUACAAGCACGCGCCUUCUGACACAAUAACUUUUUAUUAAUUUUCUAUCAUUAAGAAACAAAAGAAGGAUAUUCGUGGAUAUAUCUUGUUACCCUAAAAACAGGCGUCUGGAACUCUGGAGAGUUGUUACAGCGAAUUAAUGUUUUAGUGAACGCAAACUGUAAAAGUUUCAGCAGUUUUCUUAAUCCUCUUAGCAUCCGAGAAGAAAGAUAAAACUUCAAUCUUUCCUCUAAUUACGAAAUCUUCUGCAUUGCAAAAACAGGUGGAGGGUAUUGAAUUAAGUAACAAAGUAAAUAAUGAGAUGAAUAAAUGUGAUGUUCUUUUCUGUUGUCGUUAUUCAUUGAACGCUGCUAUUUGAAACAAGAUAAAUAAUAAUAUAAAAAAAAAAGAAAAAAAAUCGACGAUUUAAUUAUCUCCAGUGUUUCACGUCUGCUUAUCAAGGGUUCCAUGAAUCCCCUAGGAUUAUAUGAUACGAUUUAGACAGACACGUUUACCAUGAGUCUAUGGCUAUUCGUCUAUAUUUUGAAAAAUAUUAGAUUGUUGCAAAGAAAAUUGCUAAACGUCCGAAAAUAUUAACAAAUACAAAAAUAAUACAAAUAUGAAAAGAAAAAAUAUUCAUAAUCAUCAUUAGGCACCAAUGUGAUAAAAAUAUUAUUAAAAAGUUUAUAGUCAUUCUCUUUAAACAUAUAAAUAGUAACUGUUUUAUAAUUGGCCAAUUAAUAUGCAACAAUCUAAUAAUUAUCAGCGGAUGUAACGAUCUAUUCUCCAAGAGGUCAAGGAAAAAGUUGCUAUACGAACAGGAGCAAUCGUAGAAAUCGUGUUGAAUGUACAACUCACGAGAAGAAGAAUGAUAUAAAACGGUGAUCCUCUAGUGUUAUUAGACUAAUCAGUACAAUGGAUUCACUUGGACGUAUCUACGAUUGCGCUGGUAAGAGUAAGAAGAAUUGUUUCGUUUACAUUACAAUCUCAUUACCACUGUCCUUUUUAAUUAUUAAAAGCGUGGUAUAACGAGGAAAGGAAACGUAGAUACCAUAGUAGAGACCUGUAUAUUACAUCCCGGUGAAUUGUCAGUGCUAAUCAAGGAUAAUCUAAUAACAGUAUGUUACAGACUAGUGACUAUUAUGUAGCCUGAACUGUGAGUAGUGAAUUAUUCGAAUAAACUUGUUCUCUCGUGAUAAAGCAUGCGUUUAAUAAAAA